CAAAUCCAGCCCAACUGCUUGUCUGACCUUCUCAGCCAAUGCGGGUCCUUAGAAGAUUAAGUAUCAGUAUAACACAGGGUCAAAUAAGCGAAGACGUGUGCAGAACCUUACAGCCAGACUCCUGGACACUCUCGUCUUGUUGCUUCUCUGAGGUGUGAAGUCUGUGAACAUUAUGUCUGACACGGAGGAUGUUGGGAUUGAGGAAGAGGUAUUAGAUGUAGAGGUAGCCCCAGAGGCUGAGCCUGAGCCAGAGGCUGAGCCUGAGGAAGAACCUGAGCCAGAACCAGAGGUGCAUGAGGAAGAGACCUAUGAAGAGGAAGAGGAAAAGCCAAAAUUCAGACCCAGUGCACCAAAAAUCCCAGAAGGAGAGAAAGUAGACUUUGAUGACAUCCAGAAAAAGCGGCAGAAUAAGGAUCUCAUCGAACUGCAGGCACUCAUUGAUGCCCACUUUGAAUGCAGGAAAAAUGAGGAGGAGGAACUUAUUGCUCUGAAGGAGAGAAUUGAGAAACGUAGGGCUGAGAGAGCAGAGCAACAGAGGAUCCGUGCUGAAAAGGACAAAGAGCGUCAAGCAAGACGUGAGGAGGAAAGGCUGAGGAAAGAGGAGGCAGAUGCAAAGAAGAAGGCAGAGGAGGAUGCUAAGAAGAAAUCUGUUCUGACAAGCAAGGGCUCUAACUACAGCAGCUACCUGCAGAAGGCUGACCAAAAGAAAGGAAAGAAACAGACAGAGAGAGAGAAAAAAAGAAAGAUCUUGGCUGAGAGACGCAAGCCUCUAAACAUUGAUCAUCUGAAUGAAGACAAGCUGAGGGAUAAGGCCAAGGAGCUGUGGGACUGGAUGUACAAUCUUGAGUCUGAAAAAUUUGACCACAUUGAGAAGCUAAAGCGGCAGAAGUAUGAGGUCAUCUCGCUUCGCAACCGUAUUGAUGAGCUGCAGAAACACUCCAAGAAGGGUGCUGCUGCUCGUCGCAGAAAGUAAACUGUUGAUGGAGAAGAUUGUACCAUUUGAAGCAAUGACCUGAUUACUCAGCUUCCAUUAAGUGCUCUCAUUGUCAUCAGACAACUGAAUUUUUACUGAUCCUCAAAUAUGAACUACCAUGUGAUUUUAGUCUAUCUCCUCUAGUCUGUAACCACUGUAAGGUUUUCAUUCUGUGGUGUAUAAAUAAAAUUUUCAAUCUCCAACUUUU